AUUUUGGUACGGGCAGCCGGGCAGCUCUUCAGCAACUCAUCAUCGUCAUCGACAUCGUCACUCUUCCCGCGCCUUUCACCACCACCUCCGUCAAACGACACGAGGAUGACGCUAUCGGAAGAGGAAAUUAGUCGUUUAUUUAGGAUCCGAAGAACAGUUAUGCAAAUGCUGAGAGACAGGGGUUAUUUGGUUGGAGAGUUUGAGAUCAAUAUGGGAAGAGGUGAUUUCUUUAGGAAAUACGGUGAGAAUAUGAAAAGAGAAGAUCUUAUCAUCAGCAAGGCCAAGGCCAAUGAUUCCUCCGAUCAGAUCUAUGUGUUCUUCCCCGAGGAACCAAAGGUUGGUGUUAAGACCUUGAAGACUUACACUGAACGCAUGAGAUCAGAAAAUGUGUUCCGAGCAAUAUUGGUUGUCCGAGAAAAUCUGACACCCUUUGCCCGAACUUGCAUGAGUGAGAUAGCUACAAAGUUUCAGUUGGAAGUUUUUCAGGAGGCAGAAUUGUUGGUGAAUGUUAAAGAUCAUAUUUUAGUUCCUGAACACCAAGUGCUUACAGCUGAAGAAAAGAAGACUUUGCUGGCCAGAUACACUGUCAAGGAAACACAGCUACCUCGAAUUCAGGUGUCCGAUCCAAUUGCACGAUACUAUGGGUUAAAGCGUGGUCAAGUUAUGAAAAUUAUUCGACCAAGUGAGACGGCUGGGCGUUAUGUGACGUAUCGAUACGUUGUUUGAGAGAAAAGCUUGACUUUGGUUAUUUUACUUUUUUUGUGUGGUUUGUAUCUAUCAUUAUAUGCAAAGGAAAACCUCGACUUAGCCUAAUUCUCUUGUUUUCAUAUCUAAUACUAGAUGUUGUCCAUCUGAUCUGAUGUUUUUGCAUGCAUAUACUA